GGGCGGCGCGAGAGCCGCCGCGGGGGCGGAGCGGUUCCGGGGCAAGUGGCGGCGGCGGAUGAGCUCGCAGCGGGGGAACGUGGUCCGGCGGCGGCCGCAGCGGCACCAGAACGCGCACGGCUUCCGCAACGACAAGUACGACAGCAGCGCCCGGCGGAAGAAAAUAAAUGCCAAGCUUCAUGAUGGAGUAUGUCAGCAUUGUAAGGGUAUCUUGGAGUGGCGGGUAAAAUUCAGCAAGUAUAAACUACUAUCAAAACCCAAAAAAUGUGUCAAAUGCCUCCAGAAAGCUGUAAAAGAUCCUUACCAUAUUAUUUGCCGACCCUGUGCUUGUAAACUAGGAAUCUGUGCUAAAUGUGGAAAGGAAGAAGAAAUUGUAAUUCCGAUUGAUAAAGGACAAGACAGAACUGAGAGUGAGGCUACUGAAAAUGGCCAAGAGAGAAGUGGAUUGGAGGAUGAACUGGAUUUUGAAGCAAACUUCAGUAGUACAGACAAUGAUGAAGAUUCUGAUGUGCUUGAAGAAAGAUUUAAAAGCAUGAAUUUUGAAAGGACAGAAGUCUGAAAGUUUGAGUUUCUACUUAAGAGGCUGAAUAAAAUAAAAUGUAGUAAGCUGAUGUUUGCCUUGAAUUUCUGUUCUGAAAGCCUGGUUUGACAUCUACAAUCCUUGCAUAUAAAAGUUGGCACUUUGUCUAUUGAUGCUUGUUAGGUUCUUUGGGGGAGGGGCAGGAAGGGCAUUAAUAAAUACACAUUCCUGUAUUAAAGCAGGAAUUCUUAUGGAAAGAUUCAGAACUUGAAUCUUUAAGCACAGAUGUUUUUUGCAUAUAUGUGACAACUUCCUAUUUCUCUGGAAUAAAGCCUCUCUGUGGAAUUGUUCUAAAUUCAGUAUUAUGUGACUGUUGUAUAGCCACUUGGAAAGCUAUGUGGAAAAUCUGUAGGAUAUAUAAAGGGCCCUGUCAUAAAAAGGAAAAGCUAAACCAACUAUGGCAGUUUUCUGAAGGAAAAACUUGAGACUCUUGCUCGUGUCAGUGAGCUUCCAAACAGAGUUGAGAAGUCAAGUGCCAUUAUCCUUAUGCCUGCUGUUUGUUUUGUGCGCAGAGGCCUGAAUGCCAUCACGAGUACCUGAAUGCCAUCACCAGUACAGUUCAUGAGCAAUUCAUGCUUACUUACUAUAUAUAAAUGUGGAUUUAAAAUUUGUGAUUGUUAUUACUAGCAAUGUCUGGAAAAUGAAGAAAAAUAAAGAAAACUUUUCUAGAAUUUCUCAUAA